AUGUUUGAGCGCCUGUACCUGAAUCCCAAAAAUGAUACAGAAAACACGCUACGCAAACUAUGGGGGAACCCGACACCUAUUGCCUUGGCGGGAUUUCUGAUGGCCUUGACACCGCUUUCGUGCGUGUUGAUGGGAUGGGGAGGUGCCACGUCGACCGUUGUCCUUGUGCCGACGUUCACCUGGCUCGGUGGCCUCAUCAUGGUGGUUUCAGGCUUACUUGAAUUCUUCCUUGGCAACACCUUCGCAGCGCUUUCAUUCUCGACAUUUGGCGGAUUCUAUCUGUCCUUUGGAACGCUCCUGAAUCCUGACAAUGGCAUUGCUGCUGCGUAUGCCAAUAGUGCAAGCGCGACUGAGACUUUCAAUAAUGGCGGCUCAACCACUGGCUAUCUUUCUGGCCUCGCCUUGUACUGCCUUUGGUGGGGUGUCCUGGACUUUCUCUACUUUAUUGUUUCUUUGCGCACCAAUGUGACAUUUGCUCUCGUCUUCAUCACCAUCGACAUUGACCUCUUUCUACUCGCGGCUUCGUACUGGCAAACAACGCUCGGUCAUACUGACUUGGCACAACGACUACAAGUGGCAGCUGGGGCGUUUGGCUUCCUGUGCUCCAUGACAGGUUUUUAUCUUGAGGCAUCGAUUCUAUUUGAUACACUUGAUUUCCCCAUCACGCUACCACUCGGUGAUCUGAGUGGAUGGAUCAAGCCAAAGAGCGUGAGGCAAAAGGCGAAGGAAAGCUUAGCGUGA